AUGCUAGUUGGUCGUGCAAGGUGCUUCUUUAUGGAUGACAUAUCAACAGGCCUGGAUAGCUCUACCACAUUUGAGAUUAUGACAUUUCUUGGACAAAUGGCACAUCUCAUGGAUCUUACAAUGGUUAUCUCCUUGUUACAACCAUCUCCAGAGAUAUUAGAAUUGUUUGAUGACAUAAUCCUUCUCUGUGAGGGUGAUAUUGUUUACCAUGGCGCUCGACAAAAUGUUAUUGACUUUUUCAACAACAUUGGAUUUACCUGCCCUAGCAGGAAGAAUGUAGCUGACUUCCUUCAAGAGGUUACCUUAAAAAAGUAUCAAAAGCAGUACUGGAGCGGCCUUCAAUUUUGUGGCAGGUUAUUUCAGCAAUUACUAGUGUUUUUUGCGAUGCAUCAAAUGUCACUAGGUCUUUAUCGCUUUUUAGCGACCAUUGGAAGAACACCAAUAGUAUCAAAUAUACUAGGGACGCAAGCUCUAGUUGCAAUCUUCAUACUUGGAGGCUUCAUCAUAUCAAAAGAUGACCUCCAACCAUGGUUGAGCUGGGGUUAUUGGGCUUCCCCAUUCACCUACGCCCUCAAUGCUCUAGCUUUGAACGAAUAUCUUGACAAAAGAUGGGCUAAGGAGUUCCAUUUUGAAAAUGCUAAGACUAUUGGAGAAGCUAUUCUGAAGGUCAGGGGUUUGCUCGGUGAAUGGCAAUGGUAUUGGAUUUGUGUAGUAGUUUUAUUUGGAUUUGCACUGAUCUUCAACAUCCUGAGCAUAUUGGCAUUAGAGUUCUUAAACU